CUACUUCAUUAUUACUAUGGUGUAUCACAAUCAUGCGUAGUAACAUUAUCUCUACAGUAGUAUUUAUGUGCCUAUUACAUAAUUCCAUACUUUCGCAAGAAAAUUCAACAAGGAUAAAAUGUCUUGACGAAUUUACUAAAACAACAUCAGGUACGGCAUAUUGGAAGUAUAAAGGCAUUCCUUAUGCAAUAUCUGAAGACCUACUGUGCCUAAAAUCCAACCAUCAAAUUUUAAUGCGUGUGUGCGAUACAAAUAAUGGACAAUGGAUACCGGAUUUGAUAGAGUGCAAAAUAAAAAUAAACAAAAACCUGCACUGCCCUGAUGACCUUUUUGAAAUUCGAGACGUUGGUGACGUUCCAAUUUGCUUAAAAAUUUCAAAUGAACCUCAAGAGUUCAAUGAACAAUUUUGCUACGGCUCAAAUAUAAUUAUUCCUAUGGAUUUAACAAACUUAGAAAUUUCUGCAAUAUCCCAGUUCUUGCUUAAGAAGAAUAUAUGUGAAUAUUGGCUUCCAAUACGUCGAAAAAACGAGCUUUUUCCUUAUGAAGUACGUUUGCCAGGAAAAUCUUGGAGAAAAGAAAUAAAUAAGAGUUUAAAACACUUAAAAAAUAAUCCCAAUGAGCACUGCCUGAAGCAUAUUAUAAAUAAUCAAACUGCAACUGACUUCAAAAAUCAAAUAGUAGCUGUAGACUGUCAUGCUUUCUUAAAUGCUGUGUGCAUUUUUAAGUCGGAACGACUGAUAUCUAAUGCUGGAUGUCCCAGCGGAUUUGGAGCUUUAGUCUAUCACCCGGCGGUUUGUUAUGGUAUUGACUGGAAUAAUUUUACUUAUGAACACGUUGAUCUAAGAGAGUACUUAAAAAAACGAAAUUGGCUAAGACGGAUUUUAGCAAAGUACGUACCAAAGAAAAAUCAACACGAAUUUUUCAAAAUUGAUUUCCUUUCUCACCACUUGAGAAAAAAAUAUAUUAUAAUUAUGAGUAUAUAUGAAAAUUUUAAAAUUGUUAGGAAAGGCUAUAAAUCGAUUCCUACCUUAAGCAAAAAAAUUGCGAAGUCAAGUAGUGCUGUUAAAAUGGUAUUGGAAAUAGAUAAUAGCUCUAAAGGGCUAAGAUUGGUGAUUUAUAAUCGAAAGUAUUUAUGGGCAAAUAACAACUCUUAUGUUGGUGUUAAAUGUUUUGCCUUUUUAGAAUAUGGCACUUUAAAAAAAGCUAGGUUGGACCUUGUAUGGGAGAAUCAAGAACAAUCGUAUUCCAUUUUUAAUGUAAAUUUAGUUUCACUCUAUCGCACCGAAUAUAGGUGUGAAGGUCACAGCAUUUUUGAGUUUCAGCUGAUUUCCACCCGGUUAUUUGUAGAUUUUAAUAGAAACACAGUGCCUGGAUUUGUUAUACGUUGGAACGUCUCAUGUAUGAAUACAAAUUUUGCACAUCAUUUGUGUGAUGAAGUAACCGUUAAAAAUUUAAGAAAGCUUUCAGAAAGUAUAUAUGGAAACAGAAAUCUAGGUCAUAUUUUCAUACACGAUGUUCGAAUAAUGAAUAUGGAAUGGAUCAAAAAUAAGUAUGUUGUUUUUUGGAUUCAUAUUACUGCGGCUCUCAAAGUAACAGCAGAAAAUUAUGUCAAGGAACUUGCCUUUGGGCACAAUGUCCCCGAAAUACCAAAGAAAUCUUUUGCCUUUAUACACAUUAAAAUUGUACUGAACAAUUUUUUUUUUAAUUUCAUUAAGAACUCAACCUUUCUCAUACGUAGUACAGAUUAUUGUUUUUCAGAGCGUUCAUUUUCAAACAAUGAAAUGCAAAACCAGUGGACUACAACACGUAUUGGAGAAAUUGCUACGACAAAGAAAUUGUGUAUUCAAAAGAAUGGCAUGCCUUAUACGCGAUUAUGUUUAGGUGAUUUUGUUCAUGGUGCAUAUUGGAAAGCGUUAACACAACCAGUCAAAUGUGAAAGUCCUAAGUAUAAUACCAAAGUAUUGCAUGAUUUGCAAAAAUCCAAAAUGUUUAAGUCUUCACCAGAAAAAGUUUUACUAAAUGUGAAAGACUUAAUUGCAAAUAAUAAAAAUAAUAUAGUCCCAGCUGAUAUAUUCUUUAUUUCUAAAAUUAUUCAAUCCGUGCUUAAUACCCAUUCAUCAAAUUUAUCACUUCGACAGACAAGUGAAGGAUCAACCAAAUGGAAAAAUGCAAUUUCUGACAUUUUCGAUAUAUACAAUAUAUUAUUAGGCAUUGACCCUAAUGUUAUAAAGAUGUCUGCUGAGCUAAAUGCUACAAAUAAGUUAUUAAGAUCAUUUGAAAGGUCUGUUGACACUUUAUCAACUAAUUUGACUUUUACUCAAAUAGAUAAUGGUGAAGAAUUGCUUGUCUCUGAGUUGCAAAGUGAAACAAUUGACUAUGAUGAUAUAGGAGUAUCAGUAUAUAUUUCCAAAUUUUUUUUAUAUUUCUCAAUCAACCCAAGUAUUGCCAAUGUUUCUGGAAUAGCAUUGUUUGCAAAUAAUAAAAAAAUAAAUACACAUACAAAACUAAAGGGAGCAUUUAAAAACGAACAUUACCGUUUUCUUCAAGUAAAUCAUGACAUUAAUGAUGUUGUUGAUGAACCUGACUUAGAACUUGGUGUAUACUUGCCAAUAGAUCUAAUAGGCACCUUGAAAGCUUUAACCAAAGAGAUAAAUGACGUUAUUGUUGUUAUUAAAGUAUACUCAAAUGACAAACUAUUCCAACAGUCUGCUAGAUCUUUAAUAUCAAUAAGCCGAAUAGUAUCUAUAUCAUUACCUGGCUAUAGUUCAAAUCUUCCUGUACCCGUGCCACUUAUCUUUCGCAAGUCCAAGAAUAAGGAGGUCAAUACGUCAGGUUCCUGUCAAUACUGGAACUAUAACAGUUGGAUCGAUGGUAAAAGUAUGUUAAGCCAUUUCGAAAAUAAGAAAGGUAAAGCGCUAUGCUUUUUAAGGCGUUUGGCACCAACCGGAUAUUUUUUAAAGAAAAAUAAUUCUAUUGAAAAUCACUUAAAAAUUAAUGAAACAAGCUUAAAUGCAAAUAUUAUUUAUAUUAUUUUACUUACCUGCUGCCUACUGACGUAUAUUGGCUUUUUGUUUUACAAGUGCAAUUGUAGAAAACGUUUUUAA